CAAAAAUGGAUCCGGAAUUGUUAAGGCAGCGAACUGCUUUCCAGAAGCAUGCUGCAACAACGAUGGCUGUUCAGAAUAAGCCUACAACAGCACCAAAUUCACACACAACAUACUCUUCAGAAGCAGCAAAAGCGAAAAAGAAGAAAAGCUCUGGACCGGCUCAAAAUUUGUCGAAACUCCCAGAUUUCAAUAAUUCCGUGAGCAACGCCAAUGCGUUAUCAAAUGCCACAAAUUUCAGUACAAUGGCGAAAAUUGUGGAUUAUAUGAAGAAACGCCACCUAAACAAUCAACAAUGGCCGUUGACACUUCAAGAAAUUCUCGAUGAACUUCAAAUUUUUGAUCUUUCAAAAAGAAGUCUUGCUUUCCUUCAAGAAGCAUUACCAAACAAUCCUCGACUGAUAAUGGAAUCCGAAAAAUUCGCAUUUCGACCACCUUACAAAAUUAAAGGAAAAACUUCGUUGGUAGCUGUCGCGAGGAAACAUUAUCAGGACGGAAAAGGUGGAAUUCUUGUGUCGGAUUUGGCUGAGUGUGUGGCUAAUUAUGAUGCACUACUGCAGCAAGUAUCCUCUGAAGUGAUCGUUGUUCCGACACAAGUCAAUAAGAAAAAGGAUCGAGUCGUCUUCUACAAUGACAAAGAAUUCACAUUCCCAGAGCUCGAAGACGAUUUCAAAGCCUUGUGGAGACACGUGUCUGUGGAUCAUUUGGAUGAGAAGAAAAUCGAAGAAUAUCUCCAGAAGAAGGGUCUCGACGCGAUGAAGGAUCUGACGCCGAAGGUUCGAAUGCAGGCUCCACUGAAAAGAAAAGCCGCGAAGAGACGGUUCAAUCAAAAAGUACAAAACGAGCAUAUGGACGGAGUUUUGGAGGAUUACGAAUGAUUUUAAUUACACACUUCUGUUAACAGUACAUAAAAUGAACUAUGAUCAUUUGU